CAUUACGAAAACCGAACGUUAGGUCAACAGAACAGAUCAGAUUGAAUCGAAAAUCCGUCGCCGUCGGUCGGGUGCGUACGUGCGUAGAAAGCGCUGUUUUUUCCCGUGCCUUCGCGGAUUGUGGAUAAUUAUUACUGUGUUAUCAAUAGUAAUUUAUUGUUACACCUUGAGCGAAACAGCGGGUUGUCGUUUCCUCUUCCUGCUUUUCACUGUACCGUGGCUAUAAAUGUGUUUUAAAAGUGCUAGUGCUUUGUUAAAUAGCGAAAAGAAGUGGAGAUUUUAAAGUGAAGCUGCAAAGAAAAAGUUGUAAAAAUACAAUUUCGGGGCGUGUAAGCUGUCUGGAAGAGAAAAAGUGCUCUGGCGUCUGCAAAAAAAUAUUGAAUAUCUUGCCGAAACCGAAUCUGUUGGCAGCAGAAUAGUGUUGUAAAAGUUGAAAAUUUAGGUGGAACCGAAAGGAUUGCAGGCAGACAAGCUUCCGGAUCAUGGCGACUACCAGGACCGAGUCGAUGACGGUGCUUUAAAAUCAGCGACAGAGCAAAAGAACGAGACAAACUGAAUCUGGUAGAGAGCGACACGUAUCAAAAUGGAACCGAAAACCAUGGACCUCUACGAGUUUCUCGUAGAGUCGGAGUUACAGCAGUACUACAAUUCGUUAAAAAACGAUCUGAAAAUCACCACCAUCGUCCACCUCAAGUAUGCCACCGACGAGGACCUACGGCAGGUGUGUGGCCUAUCUCGGCCGGAAAUACGGCGCUUGCGGAAAUACUACGAAAAGUAUUUCCCCCACGGUUAUCUGAACAAGAUAAAGCGGUUGCUGCAGGCACCGAAAAAGGACGAGGGAGGCAUUGGCGGCAGUCCAGCGUCCAGUGUGGAACCGUUGCGGACGUGUCCUUCGCCGAGUAAGAUUCCCAACAACAAGCACAUCAUCCCGGCGGAUGCCAUUACCGUGAACAAACAGCUGGGAACGGGAGAGUUUGGGAUUGUCCAGCAAGGCGUUUGGACAAACGGAACCGAGCGGAUUCAGGUCGCCAUUAAGUGUCUGUGCCGAGAGCGGAUGCAGUCGAAUCCGAUGGAGUUUCUGAAGGAGGCAGCUAUCAUGCAUUCAAUCGAACAUGAGAACAUUGUGAGACUGUACGGAGUGGUGCUGGAUACAGAGUCGCUAAUGCUGGUGACUGAAUUGGCUCAUUUGAGAUCAUUGUUGGAAUGUCUCAAGGAUCCUGGGUUGAGAGUGAGCUUCCUAACGGUUCCAACGCUGUGCGAGUUUGCAGCACAGAUUUGCAACGGUAUGAUGUAUUUAGAGAACAAACGACUGAUUCAUAGAGAUUUGGCAGCCCGAAAUAUCCUAGUUUUUAGUAAGAAUAAGGUGAAAAUUUCCGACUUUGGUCUGUCGCGGGCGCUAGGCGUUGGCAAGGACUACUAUCAGACAAAUUUUAACGUGAAUCUUAAGCUUCCGAUUGCAUGGUGCGCUCCCGAAUGUAUAAACUUCCUUCGAUUUACAAAUGCCUCGGAUGUUUGGGCAUACGGUGUGUGUCUGUGGGAAAUCUUCUCAUACGGAUUUCAACCCUGGGCUGCCCUCACCGGCCAUCAAAUUCUUGAAGCCAUAGAUGAACCAAACUAUCAACGUCUAGAGAAGCCCGAAUGCUGCCCGAAAGAAUACUACUCACUAAUGCUCAAAUGCUGGCAACACGAUGCUGCUAAACGACCCAAAUUCUCCGAUGUCUAUCUGCUGCUGCCAGAUAUGAAACCAGAACAGCUGAAAACAAUCGUAUCCUUUAGCGAACCGAAAAAGGAUCAUCUCCUCUACCGACAGGGUGAAAUCAUCACCGUGCUGGACAGAAGCAGCAGCUCACCCUACUGGAAGGGUGUACUGAAUUCGGGUAAAACCGGCCUGUUUAAUCCGGCCAACACUGUUGCCUAUCUGGAUAGUCUUCCUUCGUCGAUUAACCGCGACAGUUUUAGUAGAACAUCGGAGCGAACUAGCAAGCGCAAGAUACGGACGGAUAUGAUCUCUCGGCCACAGAACGAUCUGAAGCACACCGGCCACGUGGGAAUCGAUGGGGCGUACUUUGGCGAUGUGGGUUUCAUGACCAGUCCGCAGAAUCUACCCCGACAGAUAGUGACCCCGUACAAACCAUCGGAAGAUUUGGAACAAACUCCGCUGCUGCUGCCACCCACACCCACCAGUCCGGAUUCGAUCCAAACGGCUAGUGGGUACUUCUCGGAAACGCUACAAACCGGCCAUCAAAACUUUGUGAAUGCUGGUGAAAACCACGACCAUUCAACAGUGGACAGCGGACUGGCGAGUACAUUCGAUUUUCGCAACAGUGGCUUCAAGGAUAGCAAUCCGUUCAUCAAUGCCGAUUCGAACGGGGAAGCGAACUUGCACAAUCAAACAAAAGGAACGAAAUCUUCCGACAAUCAGGACCCGCACGAGUAUCAUGAAAUAUCCGACGAUGACAUCCCCACGGAAAAGGUGUUCGAUCACGGAACGUCACUGCUGGACGAAAUGGAGUACAUGUUCAAAUCGAUGACGACGGCCUCCGAGCAACAGCAACAGCUGCCCCCGCUCUCGCCGGACGUGGAAAAUAUGAACAAGCGAAACGAACUGGCCGAACUGUCAUCUAAGCUCAAUCGCAAAAACAGCUCCAGUUCGGGAACUGUUAGUAAUAAGAGUGGACACAAAUCCAAGAAGAAAACCAGCACCGUCAAACCGAUUUCAGUAAAAGACGAAAGGUUACUAAACCAAGCCAUCGAGAUUGCCAAUGAAAUUAGUGCGAAAUCAAUGACGGACCUGGUUUCGGACUCAAGCCAGCAGACGUCCAGUCCAAAGCGGAAGUUUAGCUUCCGUUUCCCCCACAUUCACGGUGUGGUUGGCGGUAGCAGUGGGGGAAGUGGUGGUAGCGCUGGCAGCAGUCAUCACCACUCGUCCGGUUCGGGUUCGGCCGGGAUGGGAGGUGGUUCGGCUAGUGGUAGCCGUGGUAGUGGUUCCGAUAAAGACCAUCUGGCUUCGUCGUCGUCCGGGCAUCAUCACGGCAUCGGAACGUUGUCCAGUGCUUACCGGGAGAGGCGAAACUUUUCCGAGGAAGCCAAGAAUGUGCCGGAUUUGCAUCGCUACCGUUCGCUAACCGGUAUCGAAAGCUACCAACGAAACGACAUUCGCAUUCCGCUGUUCGACAAGGAAUCGUCAGAUUUCUGCUUCGAAAAAAGCCGUGAACUACUGAGCAAACCGUUCAACCUAGACAUAUCGACUGCAACGCUCGACAAUCGGCAUUUCGAUAAGAAAACACGUGACUUGAUAGGGGAGAAUCUGAUGGACAUUGAGAAGACGCUGAACGCACUGAACUUGGAUUUCCUUCAGACGUAUCAGGAGUUGGAAAAGGCUGACUCGGCUGAGACACUGUUCGGCGAAAGUUACGGCAGUGGAGGGACACCGUAUCGGAAGAGUCCUCCAGCUAGUUCCCUGGUUCGGGGAUCUUCGCUGGAAAGUGGGUCUAAGACCAUGUCAAUACCAGGAGAAAAAAGUGGGGGUGGAAGUGGAGGAUCGUCUGUGACAGGUAAAAGUCCACCGGCGAAAAAGCAAUACGAAAUGAAUUUGUAUUCCGAGUUGAAUGGCAGCGGAGGAACAAUGCGUUCACCGAAAGGAAUUCCCAUCAGGGAUUUCAAAUUCCGUCAAACGAUCGAUCCCCGGUGCAAGGAUCGAUCAGAUUACUAUAAUAUGAAAAACGAAUAUCUGUCGGAUCUAACGCGAAAACAGCAAAGUCAGGUGCUUUCAUCAUCUCCCGUUAAAAAGACUGCAAACUCGAGCAAUCAAUCGAUUAAUCAACUUUAUCAGAUUUAUAAAUCUCCUGUGCAAAGUAGCAAAUAUGAUGACGCUAGUACGAUAUUAGGCUCCGCAAACCAAAACCGUCAACGUUCAUUAUCGUUCACCGAAAACUACGAACUAAAGUCGCCGACGUCGAUCGAGGCUCAGCUGUUGAACAUUUGUCAAUCCAAGCCCACUCAACGGCCACAAAGUCAACCCAAAUCCACAUCACGAAAAGUGAUCACUUACAAACCGAAAAGCAUUCGAGCGAGAAACCUUCGCCGACUGAGCUACAAUCCCAUCAGUAUGAUCGAUAGUUCGUCAUCUAGCAGUGAAAGUGAACUGGAUCGAAACCACGCCCAAUCCGAGUGUGACAUUCGUUCGAAGAUAAACUCACGCCGAAGACGCCAGUACAUGCAACGGCGUUCGAACAGUAAUAGUGCCAGUAGUCAGGACAAACUUUACGGUUCGAAUGCUAGCAUCAAAAGCGCCCCUCAGUAUAACUACAACAGUGAUCGACAGUUCUACAACUACCCCUUCAACUACACCGAUUACGCAGACAAUGACGAUGACGAGAACAUCUACGACUUUGGACGAACGGUUCCGCCUCCGCCACCGCCAGCCAAGUACGCGAAUGAUCCGCCUCCGUCAUUUGCGAACAAACCCCUUGAGCGGGACUAUCUCUAUUCGGAGUUUGACGUUUCGAAGCUGACCGGUAAGAGUCCAACCACUCAAAGCUACUUCACUGCCCAGCAGCAGCAGCAGCCAAAGCAGGUUCAGAAAACAUCCAAUCCACUCCCGCCACAGAUUCCCGCACCGACGGCAGUGGCAACGGCAGCGGUUCAACCGCAGCUGAAAGUUCAACCUCAGCCCGGGUUUCAGUGGCCGGAGAAGAUUCACGGUGCCGUCGUCAAGCACAACGACAUGCUGUGGCGGCAGAAACAGCUCUACAGUGGUCCGGUCAGUUCCGGCGGUGGCACUGGUGUUACUCCCGCUGCUGGCACUGGAACCGGUGGCGUCGUCAUCAUCAAGGACAAUCGGUACUCAAGCGAAACCUCGUCCACCGAGACGGAUUCGGUUGAUUUUCGGCGUGAGUUUGUACCCAUCAUGCCACCCAGUCCGGCUCCAUGAGGGUAUCAGAAGGACGAGGUUAGGAUCGUGUGAUUGGCUUGGCGUGCAUUGAGUUGCAUGGCGAGGGAAUUGAAUCGAACCGGUCGCUGUGCUCCGCACUAGAUUGGUUGGAUUUGGUUUGGCUCUCGAUUGCGACGUCAUUGUAUACUUGAUAACAGCUCGUAAGUAAUACGUCAGCGUCAUUCGCUACUUUCUACCAUCGUCCUCAAUUUUUAGUUGCGAAAUUUAAUACGUAAUAGUACCAUUAAGGCGGUAUUGGGAGGCGUUAGUUAUGAGACCAUCCAGCCGGAAAAUAUUUGGCUCCCUCUCAAAAAAUUUGAUCGCGUGAUAAUUAUUUCGUAAAAUUCCUAAACGUGCGUUAACGUGGUUAAUUAUUAUCACUUACGAUAUUUCGGAGUUUUGACCGAAAUUCCGUCCUUCUCAACGGCCUUACCAUUCUCAGUUCUGGAAUGUUUGUUUGCUUUUCGAUUAGUCUGGGUGGACCCUCAGUUUGUCCAUCACCAUCAAAUUGAUGCUAGAUUGUUAGUUCAACAAUUUAAAGUGCAACACCCCUCUCUAGAGGCAGUGUUACGAUCACUGUCGCCAAUGCGAUAAUCAUGGGUUCUUCCUGGGACCUCAUAAUAGCCCAGGGAUAGCAUAAGGGUUUGUGCAUUGGGCCUGAGUCCCAAGGGUUGCAGGUUCAAUAUGAUAUGAAAUUCUAAUCUAGCUUCAUAAUACAAACUCAACUGGCUUGUUUCAAAUCGGUGUUCUGGUUUCUCCGCGAAGUCCUCAUCAUUACCUAGACUACUCUCUAGGUCUGGGCGUUGGCCUGUGAGUAUCUCUUGAUCAUUGGUCGGUCCCAGUCCCGUUCAAUCGUAUCGUCUGCAUCACCUUGUAAAUCCAUUUGGUCUUCAACGUCUUCCUUGUAAACAUGACUUCUGAGGAAGGUUGCUGAACGUCACCCUUAAGUCAGAAAACGAAUGUGAUUUGCCGUGUCACCAGCGCAACAAUUGAACCAGAACUCGAUCCAAUAUCUAGUAUAGCGUCCUGUAGAAGUUUUUCGACUGCAGGCUUGGAUGAUCAAGGACUCUCUUCAUUCAACUAGUAGCCUUGAGGUGUGUGGACUUUCAGCAGAAGGUGUGUUUUCUCCUGUUAGAU